UGUCUUUAAGAGGUUUUUUUUUUUUUUUUAAAGAAAAAAAAUAAAGGAACGCCCAAAUAUAUCUUAACCGGUAGGUGGAAACACCUGAAUAUUUCGUUCCCACCUACAGGUUACGAAAUCAUUAGGCGUUUCCAACAAAACGCUUAUAAAUUUCGUAACCUGCAGGUGGGAACGAAAAAUUAAGGCGUUUCCACCUGCGGGGUACGACAUUUUGAGGCGUUUUCUGACCACCUUCUUUCUCUAUGCUUCCUUGUCCCCGAUUUGUUUAACUCCGAACUCGCCGUUUCCUGCUACCCCAUUAGAGAUCUUUGUGAAGAAUUGGUAAUUUUAAUCCUAAUUAAAUUAUUUUUUAAUUUUUUGUUAAUUAAAGAUUUCUGUAGAAUUACAUAUUUGCAUAGUAUAUGAAAAAAAUCAGCAAUUUAUUUUUUAGCACAUAUCAAUCACAUGUAUUGGACCGAUUGUGUGUUCGAUUUUAGGAUUUGCAAUGUAUUGUGAUUAUCAAUACUACACUUAGGCCGUGUUUGAGAAUCCAUAUUUUGUUUCAAAUGAAGGUGCUUCAAUAGAUGAGAGUGAGAAGGAGAUGGGCAAAAUGGUAUGUUUAAGUCAAAAUGUGGGCAUUAGUAUGUAAAAUAGGGGGCGACGUUUAGCGUUUUUAUUUUAGUAUUUUUUUAUUUGUGAUAACAGUUCCCAAGAUUAUUGAAGAUUAUUUUUAAAAAAAAAAUAAGAAAAGAAAAACUGAUAAUCAACAGAAAGUGAAUACGUGGCAGCUUAGGGUGAAAUGUCCCCUUUAAACCCUCACCCCGGACUCCCUCUUAACGGUUAAAACAAAAUUAAAAAAACAAUAAAUUAAAACACAAAACAAUAAAAAAAAACCCUCUUUGUUCCGAAAAUCUGUGGGCAUCCGUCGAUUUUUUCUCUCAUCUCACCUCAGACCUCACUCACUCACUUUCUACUCUCACACUCUUUUUUCCGAUUCACCGCCACCAUGGACUCCGGCGUGACGGCAACCUCAGCCGCCGCCGCCGUCAAGUCGGUGUUAGACAAACCCCUUCACGAACUCACUGAAGACGACAUUUCUCAGCUUACUCGUGAAGAUUGCCGCCGUUUUCUCAAAGAAAAAGGUAUGCGGCGACCUUCAUGGAACAAAUCCCAGGCGAUUCAACAAGUUAUCUCACUUAAAUCCUUGCUUGAGCCUUCUCCUCCUCCUAAUGCUGCUGCUCUUAAAUCUGCCCUUGUUCGUCCUCCAAUACACCCUACUAAUACUGUGAACUCGAAUUCGUCUAGCUCCAUAAAAGAAUUAAGUCCUGCUGAUGUGGAUGGAUCAGUAUCCGCGUUGGGGGAGGAUGGAGGUCCUAAUCAGCCGGCUGGUACUUCUAUUUCAGAACCCACUAGAGAACCUGAAUGUCAUCCCACUGCCAUCGACUCCAAAGCUGUACCUGUCAGAGGUACAGAUGCAUCUCAUCUGCCAUUUGAUCAAAUGACAAUCUUUUAUAGUGGCAGAGUCAAUGUUUAUGAUGGAGUUCCAAUUGACAAGCUGGUUCAGCAGGCACAGGCGAUAAUGCAUCUAGCAGCAAGCCCUAUCCAGUUUUCUCAGGAUGACCCAAAUAAUGGGAACCCGACACACUGGAGUGGUCCAUGCCAGGUGCCCACUUCAAGUGUUAAAUUCAGUGUGUCUACUCAAGAUGGAGCUGCUGCGCAGCCCAUGAUGCAAGGUAAAAUGAUGGAAUCUAUUCAACAUUGUAAAUCAGAUGGAAGCCUUUUUUACGAACAAGAUGUUGAAGGUCAGACAAAUAGACAGGUCUCAUUGCAGAGGUAUUUUGAGAAGAGAAAAGAUAGGGGAAAAUUCAAAAUGAAAAGGAAGGUAGAAUCUUCUCCUUCUGGCUUGGAGAUGUACCUGAACCAUCAGAUGAGGACAUCAGUCAUCAACGGACAGCCAACUCGAAACAACACUAGCCCUAGAAGCCAACUUGGGAUACCCUGUUCAAGUUAUGGCUUAGCAGAUAAAGAUCAGAAGAAUCAUGGUCUGUCUGUUGAUCUUAAUGACAAAGCUUAGAGGUCCCUGCUAGCGUAUUCACGGCUUGUUGACUUUUUGUCUCAUGGAAGCGAAUAAUCCUAUUAGAAGUCAUUCCCUGAAGAUUCUAGGCGGCAUUAUUGUGAUCCACAUCUUAUAUAUGUGGUGCAUGCCAGUUGAAAUGUGUUAUGGAACUCCACUCCAGAGUACCUAUGAGAGGAUAUUGUCGUUAGUGGUACGAGUAAUUUGAUGCUCUAAUCAAUUUUGUAAACAGAAGGCAUGGAAUGAUUCUAGUCUCUAUUCAGUCGAGGUUCUUGCUGCUCUUAUCAAUUUAGAACAUAUUGCGAUGCGCCAGCUUCCUGCUGUCCCUGAGCACUGUCAAGAUGUAAUGACAUGUUUAAUGUUACCCAUCAAGAUGUAAGGACCUAUAAUCAUUAUAAUUAUAAUGCCAAGCUAUUAUCCCUGACGGUUUUCUUUAUCUACUCAUUACCAUA